CCUAAUACAAUUUUUGAAAAAAUUUUAAUGUUCUAUUGCAUUGUGAAUAUAGAUUAUAAAUUUUAAGUUUUAUUGGAUUAUUCAGAAAGGAAGAAUUUGAAAUAGUAUUUUUUAGACAUUACUAAGGAGACUUAAAAUAUUCAAUUGUACCUUUUGUUCCAUAUACUAGGCUCAUUUAUCACUGGAACUGCAAAGGGAUAGUCACAUGAAACAGCUCCUCCUCAUCCAAGAGAGAUGGAAGAGGGCAAAGCGGGAGGAAAGAUUGAAAGCCCAGCAGAGCACAGACAAGGAUGUGGCUGCCCAUCUUCAGGCAUCUCACAAACCCUCUGCUGAAGAUGCAGAGGGCCAGAGUCCCCUUCUCUCUCAGACAUACAGCCCUUCCCCAGAGAAACACCUGCCUGAAAUUAAGGGCGUCUUUGACAGAGAUCCAGACACACUACUAUUUUUACUUCAGCAGAGGAGUGAGCCAAUAGAGCCAUUCAUUGGAAGCAAAGCCCCAAAAGAUGAUAAAACAAUUAUAGAGGAGCAGGCAACCAAAAUUGCAGAUUUGAAGAGGCAUGUGGAAUUCCUUGUGGCUGAGAAUGAAAAAUUAAGGAAAGAAAAUAAACAACUAAGGGCUGAAAAGGCCAGACUUCUAAAAGGCCCAAUAGAAAAGGAGCUGGAUGUAGAUGCUGAUUUUGUAGAAAAGUCGGAGUUAUGGAGCUUGCCACCACAUUCAGAAAGUGAUGCAGCCUCUUCAACCUGGCAGAAGUUUGCAGCAAGUACUGGGAAAGCCAAGGAUAUUCCAAUCCCCAAUCUUCCGCCCUUGGAUUUUCCAUCUCCAGAACUUCCCCUUAUGGAGCUUUCUGAGGAUAUUCUUAAAGGACUUAUGAAUAAUUGAAUUGGAAGGCCAUUGAAGAGGAAACAAUACAAUAAUAUGGUUAAUCCAGCAAAAAAAAAAAGGGCAACCAUGUGCAAAGAUAGUCCCGGAGAUGCUCCAUCAUUUGGCAUGUACUGCAGGGGGAAGAGGAGGCACGCCAGAACUUGGGAAACACUCACUGUGAAAUAUGUCACAUAUCUGAUUUUUUGACUUGAGCUAAUGAUUCCACACUUGGCAGACACUGAACUUCCGGAGGUUCACUUUCUCCUGAUACAAACCAAAUGACUACCUGGAAUGAUUUUUCAAGAAAGAAUUGUUUUUCUUAUCUUCAGGGUUAAAAUGUAUAAAAGUAUGUUAUGUGUAAUUAAUCUAUAAUGCCAUAAAUGAUAAUGCAAAACCUAAAUAAUAUGGUGGCCCGAUGGGCUGCCUUGUAUUUGAAACAUGCUUUCUAUCAUGCAUUUUGUUAAGCACAUUUCAUCUGUGUGAUGAGGUGUGUAAGACACACCUUUCUAGAUGAAGCUCUGUGUGCUACACUUUGCACUACUCAUGACAUGACAAUAACCUCAAGACUAUCAGGAGAAAUAUUUAAAUUUCCAUUUUAUGAAGAAAGGAACCAAAUUAUUAGUUAUGCUUUUUAAAAAGAUUACCAGUUUACAUAAUUAAUCAGGGUGCAUUUUAAGUUCUAACUCUUUUUGUUUAUUGUAUAAUGCAUCAUUUGAAAAUACCAAGGAAGUAGCCUUUUAUUUUUAAUGAUGCAUGAGUGGAAGUACUUGUUAGCUGGCAGUAUUUGAUUGUAAGAAAUCAAUAAAGUAAUUGUGUUUUAUA